AAUUCGAUUGUAAGGUUACGUAGUAGAAUUUAAGCGAGAGACAAGAUCAAAAACUCUAACAAAGUUACGAUGAGCUCGUAUGAUCGUAGAUUUGCUGAUCCGAAUUCGUAUCGCCAACGCUCUGGCGCCCCAGUUGGUUCGUCGCAGCCGAUGGAUCCUUCAGCUGCACCAUACAACCCACGGUACAGUGGUGGUGGUGGAGGAUAUGGACCGUCUCCUGUAAUGGCCGGUGAUAAUUCCGGCUAUAAUCGGUACCCAUCUUUCCAGCCACCUACUGGUGGUUUCUCUGUUGGUCGCGGUGGUGGAAGAGGUGGAUACGGUCAUUACGGGGAUAGAAACGGUGGAGGGAAUUGGGGAGGAGGAGGAGGACGUGGUGGAUCGAGUAAAAGAGAGUUAGAUAGUGUUUCUCUUCCGAAGCAGAAUUUUGGGAAUCUUGUACAUUUCGAGAAGAAUUUCUACGUGGAGAGUCCCUCUGUGCAGGCUAUGACAGAGCAGGAUGUUGCUAUGUACAGAACCGAGAGGGAUAUAUCUGUUGAAGGUCAUGAUGUUCCUAAGCCGGUUAAGUUGUUCCAAGAUGCUAAUUUUCCAGAUAAUAUUCUCGAAGCAAUUGCUAAAUUGGGAUUUACUGAGCCAACACCUAUACAAGCUCAAGGAUGGCCAAUGGCGUUGAAGGGUAGGGAUUUGAUUGGUAUUGCUGAGACUGGCUCUGGUAAGACAUUGGCUUACUUGUUACCAGCGUUGGUUCACGUUAGUGCGCAGCCUCGAUUAGGUCAAGAUGAUGGCCCCAUCGUGUUAAUUCUAGCGCCCACGAGAGAACUAGCUGUUCAGAUUCAAGAGGAGUCAAGGAAAUUUGGGUUGCGAUCUGGUGUUAGAAGUACUUGUAUCUAUGGUGGUGCUCCUAAAGGACCUCAGAUUCGCGAUCUUAGAAGAGGUGUUGAGAUUGUAAUUGCUACACCUGGUCGUUUGAUCGAUAUGUUGGAGUGUCAACACACUAAUUUGAAGAGAGUGACUUACCUUGUACUGGAUGAGGCUGACAGAAUGUUAGACAUGGGAUUUGAACCCCAAAUUAGAAAGAUUGUAUCUCAGAUCCGACCUGAUAGACAAACACUUCUUUGGAGUGCAACAUGGCCACGAGAGGUUGAGUCUCUUGCCAGGCAGUUUCUACGAGAUCCAUAUAAGGCCAUUAUUGGAUCAACAGAUCUAAAAGCUAACCAGUCUAUUAACCAAGUAAUCGAGAUUGUACCGACACCAGAGAAAUACAACAGGCUCCUUACACUGCUUAAACAGUUAAUGGAUGGGAGUAAAAUCCUAAUAUUUGUGGAGACAAAGAGAGGGUGUGAUCAAGUAACUAGACAAUUGAGAAUGGAUGGAUGGCCAGCUCUUGCCAUACAUGGUGACAAGACCCAAUCGGAAAGGGACCGAGUCUUGGCAGAAUUUAAGAGUGGACGAAGCCCGAUAAUGACUGCCACUGAUGUAGCAGCAAGGGGACUUGAUGUGAAGGACAUAAAAUGUGUGGUCAAUUAUGAUUUCCCAAAUACUUUGGAGGAUUACAUCCAUAGGAUUGGUCGAACCGGGCGUGCAGGAGCUAAAGGAAUGGCCUUUACAUUCUUCACACAUGACAAUGCUAAGUUUGCAAGAGAGCUUAUCAAGAUCCUUCAAGAAGCUGGUCAAGUUGUACCUCCUACUCUCUCCGCACUAGUCCGGUCAUCUGGUUCGGGUUAUGGAGGUUCUGGUGGUGGAAGAAACUUCCGGCCAAGAGGAGGAGGACGUGGUGGUGGGUUUGGAGAUAAACGGUCAAGAUCGACUUCAAACUUCGUACCUCACGGUGGAAAGAGGACUUGGUAGAGAGAAUAUCAUCAUUUUGUCCUUAGAAAAACUUUAAUUAUGAUGAUGAUACUUGAUGAUCAGCGUUUGGUUUCGAGUUGAAGUUCUCUGUCGUAGAGAACAAACUUUUACUAUUUAA